UCGACUAUAAUCACAGUAAGCUGCUUAUUUGCAUCGUUAUAGCAAAACGUCAUUCUACUGCAAACUUUCAAAACUCUUGUUAGGACAAUGUCAACACAAAGUGAUCCCGGCAAGUUGUUAUCACUCAUAUUGAAAGCAAUAGAGGAAUACGGCAGCAAAGAAAUCACCACCGACGUUUUAUUGGAAAAAGUCAGUGAAAUAUCACCCGACUUGGGCUAUGCGUUUCAUUCCCAUUUCAACGCGGGACUUGGCGACGGAAAACGCUACGGGCUCCUAAUGGUGCGCAAUGGUCGUGUCAAACCGUUGUACAACUUGACCAGCUCCCACGAGCCCCGAAGCUUCUCCUCCAAGCUGCUGAUGGUGAGCGAAGACUUGAAGGCCCGUCCCGGAAGCAGCCGAAGGACAGCGAGUUCUUCCAGCGAUUACGAAGACGAAGCUGCGGCGACAGUUCCCGGCAGUUCAACGCGUUGGAUGCGGCCCAGAGAUGCGGACAUCACGUACAACGAGCUGCGGCUGAUUAGGCAAGUGUUCAGCCCAAGCGAACUGGCACCGGAAUGGCACGAAACACGCCCCCGGAGGGCUGCGGGCAACGACACACGAGGACGAAGUCUUAGCCGUGGAAGGCGUCGUUCGACAACUAGACGCGGUUAUGGAAGUCGCUCUAGAACUCGACGAUAGAAGGGCUGUGUUAUUUAGCGGAGUUAAAAUAUGUUUUGGAUGUUUUUUCUUAUGACUUAAAUUGAAUUGAAAUCAAUAUAAAAUUCUUAACACAUGGGAAAAGAAAAAAUAAAUCUAGACU